GUUUCUCGAGUGCACGAGCUUUUCGAUGGGCUUGUGGAGGAGGAAGAAGAAAUCAUUGGAAGUGAUCGAUCGCUGGAGGAUAAGGUGGAGUGGACCGGGUACAUUAGUGCAGCUUUAUCAGCCGUUAUUGAAGUAAUCGAUAUGCUACGCGAACAUUGCAUUCUUGAAAUUGGGGACGAUUUGAGAUGGACCCAAGAAGGACGCGUACUGGUACCAUUCAUACAGCAUCUCGAUAUUUUAUUUGGUUGCAUCGAAUCUGUGGGCAAAAAUUCCGCAAAAUAUUUGACGCUGUUGAAACAAGCAAUUGUGUUCAGUGCAUUUAUACUAAACGAACAAACAUCAUCGGCACGCCAGAACUCGCCAAUUAUCACGAAAUUCCUUGAAAUCGAUCAACGUAGUGUUGCCGUAGACUUGUCACAACGUUUUCAGGUUUUUUUUUUUAUUUUCCUGUUGUACGUGGUUUUCUAG